GUUAAUCACCUAAUUCGGACUCAUAGAACUGGUGAUCUAGAUUAUGCACUAGUGCUCGAAACCGAACUAUAAUGAUCCCAGCACAAUCCUUCAAUUUUCCAAAUACAAUUUGAUUCAAUCUUUUAGACUUCUAAAAACAUUCCAAACACCCAUAAAUUCCUAACCAAAUCAAAUCCUCACAUUACCUCACAUAUUUGUUGGAUAUGUAAAGUCCAAGGAUAAGCUUCCAUUUACAACAGUCCAUCGCCCUCCCCUGCAGAAGUUGGGAGGAACCGAAAAGAUGCCCAGCACAGACAAAUUGGAUUCUAAUACAGUAGGGUUGAACCGGUAUCGGUACAAAAUCAACCGGAAUGAUUUAGGUAUACUCGAUUUCUGAGUUCUAAAGAAAAUGACUUCGUUUGGACGAAGUUAAUUAGUAAAAACAAAAAAUCUUGAAUUUAAAAGUUAAAUGUUGAUCUUAUUUAUUUAAUUCAAUGAUAAAAAUUUUAAUGUUCGCAUUUAAUGUUAUGCUAAAUACAAGGAAUUUUUCCCUGGUGAAUUAUGAAGAUUUUUUCUUUGGAUUUGGAACGUCGUAUUAACGUAUUUUACUAAAAUAUGGAUGUAAAAUUUGUGAAGAUUGCUCAUAUGUAUGUGUAUAUAUAUAUUAAAUUCAUUUCGUCUUUAUGAUUGCUCGCUUCCCUACACAUUUUACUAAAAAUCAACAUCAACGGUAUAAACUGGUAUACUACAGGUCGGACUAUACCCACUUACGAAGCCGACAUAACUGUAAUAAACCGGUUUGACAGUGUUGAUACUUGACAAUACCUCGAUCAAGGGUCAAAGAAAGUCAACAUAAAUCGAAGCGGCGAGUUUGAGCUGCUUCCCCGUGUCUCCAUUUGUUGUCCCUCUCUCGGCCUCGCUGUUUUUUUUCCGUUUCGAAAACAAGCCAAAAAGUAACGCGUGGGGAUGGCUACACCAGAAGACGCGGGUAGGAUGGCCGACUGAGUGUUCUUUGAACGAAACUCCUAACCCCUUUGACAUUUUGCAAAGGUCAACCCGCAAAAAACGCGAAAGAAAAAACCAAAAAAAAAAGAAAAGAAGGAAAGUGGGGAAGGAAAAAAAGAAGAUAAGCAUUGAGAUGCCAUAUUGCCCACCACCACCACCAUCUCUGUUUCUUUCUUUCUUUCUCACUCACAACACUGCUUUAGAAUUUACCUUUUGUUUUUAUUGUUUAUUUGUACUCUUUUUUAUUUUAUUUAUGAAAAAUAAUAAUUAAUAGUUUUAUCAAGUGCUCGUCUCCCUCGUCUACGAAUCUCUAUGCUUAACAUUACCUAAAAGCAAAACAGCCAUGGGAUCCUCCCAAUUUAAUUUAUUAAGGAGUGAUCAUCAAAGAUGACAACGCCUAAUUAUUUUGAUCACGAAACAUAAACAUGAUUUUUUUUUGUGCCUCAAAGAUCUUAAUGGAUAUAUAGUUCUAUUUUUCACCUGAAUUUGAGUGAAUAAAUAAAUUUAGUUAAAUUGAUUUCGGUUGACGUGGCAAAUAUGUGGUAGCCAUAGCAUAAACUCAUACUGAGUUAUUAACGCUAAAAUGAGUUAAUAGGUAGCGUUCUUGUCAACAUAUUGAUCGGGGUCAAAUCAGUCUGUUAUUCACGAAAGUUGAGUCAUAUUUCUUCUCUCUAUUGAAUGUUGGAAUCAUAGUUGCCUAUUUGUGCAACUUCAAAGUUAAGGUCCCGCCAAAGGUCACAUAGCCUGGUGGUAAGGGGAGGUGAGCUUGUGACCGAGAGGUCCCAGGUUUGAUCUGCACCUCCUCCAUGGUGUUCCCGGAGGCACCCCGCAUUUGUCCAGAUUCCUGGCGGAGUCCCGGGGUUUAGCCCGACUACGGCAUCACCGAAGGUGGUGAUCGUGGAGGGUGUUUCUCGUCAUAAAAAAAAGAAGUUAAUAUCACAUUGGGUAUUUAUGCAAAAAAAGAAGAAGAAAGAUAACGAGGUUGUUUUUUCACUUAUUUUUUCUCAAAACUUAUCCAUGGUUAGAUAAAAACAAAUACAUUUGUUCACAUUUCCCCCAAAGUCAAAGACACUAUUCACUUUGAAUCGCACAAAGUAUUUAAAUCUAUAAUCUUCUCGUUAAAGUAAUUUCGCUUCCCUUAUAAAAUCUAAUUUUAAGAUACCCCAUUAAUAUCAUAAUCAUUUCUCCAAAUUCACUCACUAUGUUAUUAUUAAAUACACUGUUUUUCAUCUAUCAACUAGAUUUUUAUUCCUCACAAAUACAUUACUUCAUAUACUCUUCACUUUUAAAAUCUGUUUGAGUCCAACUGAGGGUAGGAGGUGAACUCGGAAAAGAGGGCGAGAAGAGUAAACAACAAGAGGUCCAGAAACAGAGAUAUUCUUAGAAAGAGAAAGAGUUGUUUCCAAGUCUAGUGAGGGAGUGAAAGAUGCGAUCUCCUCACCCACCGGAGUUAAUGCCAUAUUUAUAGGCUACAUGGUGGUGGGUGAGUUACAUGGUGACAAGACUGCUGUCAUGUCAGACCUUUUCAACCAUACUCCUACCUAGGACUAGGAGGCUUGUCCAUGAUUGUACAUAGGACUCUGAUGUGACCACUCUUCGAGGGACAGGGUGCCGUUUCGAGGUAGACAUGCCCUAGCCAACUUUUGGUCGAAACGUCGUCGUUCGGUCGUCCUGAGUUUACGUCCGCGAGUGAUGCUUCCUCGCGCUCAAGCUUCUCGCGUAAGCGCGGCCGUGGAUGCGGCUUUGAUUAUGUUCUCGCCAACGCGUCUAACUAAUCUAGGUCGGUGUUGUGCUGGUUUCUUGGCGCGUCUAGACCCGAGCCAUACACCCAACAAAAUCCAUACCAAAUUAUUUUGCCCGAAAUAAAUAGAUUUGGUGAAAAAAAUAGUCCUUUGUUUUCCAUGAAUGAAAUUUACAAGAACUAAAAAACAAGCACUAAAAUGGUCAUUUAAAUAAUCUAACCCCACUGCUUUUUAUUUUAUUUUUUGUAGCUAUUACUUUUUUAGGUAUUUAUUCUCUCCUCUCCUUCCUUGGUUCUAUAUAUUAUUGUUUUCCCCCCACUUGACUUCUUCCUCUGCUCUGCUCCUACAAAGUCCAACCCCUCACCUCCUCUCUCUCUCUCUUUCUCUUUCCUUUUUCUCUCUCAUAAGCAAAAGUCAGCGCCUUGUUUUGUCUUCUCCCGAAAAACAGAGCUCUCUCCUCUGCAACCACAAAGACAGAGCACGGGUUUCCCCAUACCCACCACUUCACCGGCCGCUCCUCUUGUCCCCUCCCAAUCCCCGCCAUGGCCGACGAUUGGGAUCUCCUCGCCGUCGUCAGAGGCUGCUCCGCCGCUUCUUCCUCCGCCAUCCCCACCUGCUGCAAUACAACCACCAGCAGCAGCAGCAACAGCGCUUCAUCAUCCUUCCAGCUCGAUUUCCACUCUCAGUCGCCGUCGCCGUCGUCUUCCUUCACCCCUUACGGCCUCGAGCAAGUCUCCCGAUUCUUCAGUUCAUCACCAUCAUCAGUAGCAGCAGCCAGCCCCGUGGAUUUGGCGAGAAGGGAUUUAAUUGGAGACAAGCUGCAUGAGCUUUACAAGCCCUUUUUCCCCAGAUCUCAUCAUUCUCUGUCUCUCCCUCCGCCGCCGCCGCCACCGACGACGAAUGCUUCCGCCUCCCUGAUUUCUCCUCCAUUUCCUGCCGACCAAACGAACCCAGCUCCGCCGCCCUUCCUCCUCCGCAACCAACCGCCGCUCAAACGCCCGCUUCCUUCCUCUGCAUCCGCUCCUAGUUCAUCCCGAUCCAAAAGAAGAAAGAACCAGGUGAAGAAGGUUUGCCAGGUGCCGGCGGAGGCGCUCUCUGCCGAUGUCUGGGCAUGGCGGAAGUACGGUCAGAAACCCAUCAAAGGCUCUCCUUACCCUAGGGGAUAUUACCGAUGUAGCACAUCCAAGGCUUGUAUGGCCCGGAAACAGGUGGAGCGGAACAGAUCCGACCCGGGAAUGUUCAUCGUCACCUACACGGCGGAGCACAGCCACCCGGCUCCCUCCCACCGCAACUCCCUCGCCGGAACCACCCGCCACAAGACCUCUCCGACCGACGAAUCGGAGCCGUCGGAGAAGCCCUGUUCCGACGUCAAGCCGACCAGUUCGUCUCCGAUGACGCCCGCAGAGGACGACGAUCAGCAGCAGCUCCUCCUCCAGGGCACGGCGACGGCGGAGAGCAAGGAGGUGGAUUUGGAGAUGAUCGAGGACGAGGAGGACAACGAUGAGUCGGGGAACUGCGGCGGAUUCUCGCCGGAUGCUCCGGACGACGAUUUCUUCGUGGGUUUGGAGGAGCUCACGAGUUUGGCUGCGGGGGAUUGCUUUUCCGUGCCUUUUCCGACGGGAUUUGGGUUCCCUAGGCUCGCCACCGCCGGCAGCUUCUGAGACUUGAGUGAUGCGACUCGCGCUCUGCUUUCCUGCUACUUUACCCUUUUUUAAGAAAGAAAAAAAAAAAAAAAAGAGAACAGUUAGCUUAAAUGGGUUCUAUUCAAUUUAAUCGUUGUUGUUGUUGUUGUUACUGACCAUCGAAAGCUUUUCUUUUUUUGUUGCUUAGAUACAGAGAUUUUGUUGUUGUUUAGAGAGACGAUCAAACAAAUGUGUGGUUGGUGAUGGAACAAAUGUUCGAUUGUAGAAGAAAGGUGCGGAACAAAGCAGAAAUUCCAUUGUAGUAAGACGAUUGAGUGGCUUAGUUGAGAAUUCAGUCAUAUUCUUCGCUGUUUCUGGUUAUGAUCCUCAUAUUCUUUCAAAAACAUAAUAAUAUUAAUGAGUAAUCAAUGGUGGCUAUAGCACAUUAGAGACAGUGCUACUGCUACCAGGCGACGAAAAUUCUCAUAAACCCAUCAAGCACAGAUCCAUCAAUACUCAGUAGAGAACUUCAACUUAUAAUAUUGGAUCAUCUUAUUUGCGGUAGAGUUAUUUACAAAUAAUGUCUACCCUCGUUUUUUUAUUUGUUUCCUAGUGAUAUCAAGAGAGAACAAGAGUUAUACAAACAAAACUACUCAGAAAUCGUCAACAAGCGACGCCCUAGUGAAGCCACCCAAUAAAGUCGAAAGACUCAACUCUAGAAGAGACAAUAGCAAUGCUUUAAACAACACUCUAUGGGCAGCACUGUUGGCGGGUCUUGGAACCGCCCUAAACUCUAUACAAACUGACACUUUUGGAGCACCAGACCUCCAAAGGAACCUUCUAAGACACCAUGCCGGAUCUGGUUGACGACCACCUCGUAAUGAUCUUCCACUAUCACGUGCAUCAAGGAUCUUGAGGCGACGAAGGUGAUCGCAUCUCUUACUGCUAGGAGCUCUGCCAUGCAGGGGUUGACUACUCCCUGGUGACUCGUACCGGCUACCAACACCACGUGUCCGUCUGAUCCGCGGACAACAAGACCGUACGAGCACCCUGAUUUUGAUCCUCUUCUUCCUUUUCUUCUCAUCCCUUCUUCUUUCGGGGCAAAGCAGAAGAGUAAUCAUUCUUUCCACUCCCUGCUCACGUUCUAGAGUCGUCCCCUCCAUCGGUGGCAUCGUGGCUGCUAGUCGUAGGGUUCGAAGCCCUAUGUUUCAUAACUUUUGAAGCUUAGCAGAGGCGUCGUUGCUAGAUUGUGCGACUUGCCGGCGGGAGAUGAGUUAUGCCGGUGGCAUGCCUUACUGCACACACCCGCCCCAUGGUUGUUAUGCCAGUAGAAUCGGGCUCAACAUAUACGAUGAUAUCUGUUACAAAAUCAGUUGGAAUGACUUCGAUAUGACCAGUAUGAUCAUCUUCUCACUGUUUAAUAAGAUGACACCAUUUUGGUGUAUUUAAUUGAUAAAAUUAUUAUUUUUAUUUGUUUCUUGAAUUGAAAGUUACAUGUCGAUGUUAUUUAUUAAACUCAAGUAUAAACUUUUGAAUAUCGGGGUUAAAUGUUGUAUUUAAAUUUAAAUAAUUUAAAUAUGAUAAAUUUAAUUUUUUCUGAAUGUUAUAUUUUAUUUAAAUAUAAAAGUAGAUUUUAGAGAGAUUUUCAUACUUUUUAGUUUUUACUAUUUGCACAAAGUUCUUUAGUGCUAAUGAUGUGCCACUUCGCUACAUAUUUUCCCAAAACCGGCUUAAAGUGACAUAAAAGAAAGGUAAAACGGUUGU